CGAGAAUGUCGACGUACGAUGGACAUUGUGGAAAGACAUACGACCGAAUCAGCUGUAAACGUCAUUGAUUAAAUUUUGAUAUUCUCGAAACUACCUCGUUUCGUAUAAAACGACAGAUCGAACGUCGGAGACAGACUUGUUUACCUAACCUCAAAGUUAUCAUCAUGGAUUUCUUUUGGAUAUCAUCGAGUGUCCUCGCGAUUCUGAUUGCCUGUUACCUCUACAAACGCCGACACCCGUUACAAGCCUAUGGUAUACCUUUCAAGAGCUGGAUUCCCUUAUUGGGUAGCACGUGGGAGUCGAUAAUAACCAAGAAACCAUUCGCUGUCGUGGUUCAGGACAUCUACAAUCUAGCACCAACUGCGAAAUACGUGGGAUUCUACAACAGAAUGUCUCCAGUCGUGAUGAUUCGGGACCCGGAACUAAUAAAGUCCAUCACUGUGAAGAACUUCGAUCAUUUCAGGAACCAUCGGAAUUUCGGCAACGACGAGUUGGACAGCUUCCUCGGUAACAAUCUUCUGUUACUUCGCGAUGACAGGUGGAAAGAGGUUCGAUCGCUGAUCACGCCAGCCUUCACCUCUAGCAAGCUGCGAUCAAUGUUCCCGCUGAUGACAGAGACCGCAAUGAACGUCGCGAAAUAUCUCUCGACCCUUUCACAAGACCAAAACGUGACGGAGAUGAAGGAUGUGUUCACGAGGUACGCCAACGACGUGUUCGCCACGUGUGCCUUCGGAAUCACCAUCAAUUCCCUGACCGAUCGUCAGAACAAGUUCUACGCUUUAGGCAGAGAAGCUCUAGACAUUCACAGCGUGGCCAUCAUGAAGUUCGUCAUGCUCAGACUGUUCCCGAGAUUAUCCAAGAAGCUGGGCUUGACGUUACUGAGCAAAGAGGUGACCGACUUCUUCAAGAAAGUGGUGUCUGAUAAUAUAAAAGUCAGGGAGGAGCAGGGAAUAGUUAGACCCGACUUCAUCCAGCUAAUGAUGGAGACUAGGCAUAAACUGGGCCCAGGUAAGGAACUGACAGUCGACGAUAUAACUGCUCAGGCGUUUGUCUUCUUCUUCGGUGGCUUCGAGACCACUUCCAGCCUGCUGUGCUUCGCUGCUCACGAAUUGGCUGCGAACCCAGAGUUGCAGGAAAGACUUCACGCUGAGAUUGAUAGCAUUCUCGAGGAUGCUGGAGACGAAAUGACGUUGGAACGAUUAAAUAGCCUCGAGUAUCUCGACGCUGUGAUUAACGAGGCAUUGAGAAUGUAUCCAAUUAUACCUAUUACCGACCGAGAGUGUUCCAAACGAUUCGAAUUACCCGAAACGCUACCCGGGACAAAGCCGUACGUACUGGAAGAAGGUUCGCAUGUGUGGUUGCCCAUUUAUGCGAUACAACGCGAUCCCCGGUAUUUCGAGAAACCCGACAACUUUAAACCCGAUCGAUUUCUAGAUAAGAGCAGCAAUAUCGUCAUCGGUGGAUCGUAUUUACCGUUUGGCAUGGGUCCAAGGAACUGUAUAGGCAACAGGUUCUCGCUGGUAGAGAUUAAAGUCGCUCUGUUUUAUAUCCUCGCGAGCUGCCGGCUGGAAGUUUGCUCUAAAACGACAUUGCCCAUCGAGUUGAAGAAGAGAGGCGUGUUCCUUAUGGCGAAGAAUGGAUUCUGGUUAAGGGUCGUGGCGAGGAAAAAAUCGUUUAAACGACCAAGUCGAUUGGAAAAUAAUUUGAAAAUGGUGUGGUGGACAGUAAUCGCGCUCCUAGUGGCCGUGUUCACGCUAGCCUACUAUCUUCUAGCUCGAAACGCGGAUUAUUUCGAGAAACGCAACAUUCCUUGCCUCAAAGUGAACCCGUUGAUGGGAAGCAUUUGGAAGGCAGUGCUUCAGCAAUCCACGUUCGCCGAUAUCGUUAAAGAAGCGUACAACGUUCAUCCUGAGGCGAAGUAUGUCGGGUUCUUCGACUUCUCCAUGCCGGUGAUCAUGCUCAAGGACCUGGACCUGAUCAAGUCGAUCACCGUGAAGAACUUCGAGCACUUUCCCGACCACAGGAACCUGCAGAACGAGGAUACGGAACCAAUGUUCAACAAAAACUUGUUCGCCCUUCGCGGUGAAAGGUGGAAGGAAGUGCGGAACUUACUGAGCCCAGCCUUCACGUCUAGCAAGAUGAAGAUGAUGUACGUGUUAAUGCGCGACUGUGCCAAGGAAUAUGGAAAUUAUCUGGCUAAUCUGAAGGAAGAGGAGUCCAUCAUUGAACUGAAGAACGCGUUCACCAGGUACACGAACGACGUGAUCGCCACCUGUGCCUUUGGCGUGAACGUGAACUCUAUGAAGGAUCCGAAAAACAAGUUCUACGUGCUGGGCAGAGAGGCUACUAACUUCGGGAGGUGGCAAUCCCUCAAGUUCUUCUUGGUGAGAAGCGCGCCAUGGCUGACCGAUCGGUUGGGUAUCAGCAUCAUCAGGCCUGAGAUCACGAAAUUCUUCAAGGACCUGGUGGAGACUACGAUAAAGACCAGGGACGAGCAGAACAUCGUUCGGCCGGACAUGAUUCAGUUGAUGAUGGAGACCAGAGGGAAAUUGGGACCCGGGAAGGAACUGUCUAUCAUGGAUAUGACGGCUCAGGCGUUCGUCUUCUUUUUCGGUGGGUUCGAGAGCACCUCUACUCUCAUGUGCUUCGCUGCUUAUGGAGUUGGUGUGAACGAGGAGAUCCAAAGGAGGCUACAGGCUGAGAUCGACCAAGUUCUGGAGGAGUGCAACGGAAACGUCACGUACGAGGCUAUAAACGAAAUGAAGUACCUGGAUGCUGUCAUUUACGAGAGUCUCAGGAUGUACCCUGCGAUUGUCGCUGCUGACAGACUGUGCAUGAAACCGUUCGAACUGCCACCACAUCUGCCAGGGGAAAAGCCACACGUCGUGCAGAAGGGUGAUUGCCUGUGGAUACCGAUCUAUGGGAUCCAACACGAUCCAAAGUAUUUCCCAGAGCCGGAGAAGUUCAAUCCUGACAGGUUCAACGGUGAUCCUAAGCAGUUUCUCAACGCUGGGUCGCUGAUAGCCUUCGGUAUGGGGCCCAGGAUGUGCAUCGGUAACAGAUUCGCGUUGCUGGAGUCGAAGGUGUUGCUGUUUCACAUAUUCGCAAAGUGUGAUCUCAUUCCCUGCUCGAAGACAACCAUACCGAUGAAGUUGAGCAAGAAAGGGUUCGCUGUGACGGCUGAGAACGGGUUCUGGUUCAAGAUCCAACCGAGGAGCAACAAGAAAGCUGGAGUAGAGAAAAUUGCAGUUCCAGGGACGACGAUGCUCAUCGAUAAAAUACCCGAUAGAUAUCCUGAUAAUUAAAAUGGAAUAUGAUCAAAUGACAUUGACAACUCAAGAUUCAGAGUAUCAAAACUCACGAGUAUAAAUGCUAGCCGUUAAUUCGGUAUAUUGUUAUAUAAAUAUAUACGGAAUAUUUGUUAUCUUUUUGACUAGAUAUUGGCCUUAUGUCGUAUCGAGAAACUGUUUGUCGCGAGUUUAUUUUUAUAUCAGCUUUGUAAAAGUUGCCAGGAACAAUGAGAUAUGAAAAUGACUGACACGUUUUUGUUUCAACGAGAUUAAAGUAAUAUAUAUAUGUUAAAACAAACGUGACGCAUAUGGAGUAUGUAAUGAUUAUAUUUUCGUGGUGAAACGUUUAAGGUCAACGACCGACCGCUUGUGGUGUUAUUGGCGUAAUGACUCUUAAUGCGUUCCUUGUUGGCCUUGGCUUACUUUUGUCAGUUCUGAAUUACCAUAUCCAAAUGCAUACGAUUAUUUAAAACGACUUGAAAGAAAUCUGCUGAUUUCUUCCUAACCUUAAAUUUAUUCAAAAUUCAUAGGGAAUUGACAGAUGAUAUAUGCAAAAUCAAAUUAAUAAACGAAAUCAGAAUAUCAGAAAAAUCAGGAAUCUGCUUCU